UGUGUGUGUGUGUGUGUGUGUGUGUGCGCGCGCACGUGCAGUUCUUGAGAAAGAGAGUUCUGAUCCACCCGCCACUGCUGGAUCAGAACACACACACACACACACACACACACACACACACAGAGAGAGAGAGAGAUGGAGAGUGUGUGUGACUGAUGUGGUUGAUUCUCCAUCAGGAAGCACAGACACUAACAUCAUCUACAGUGACGCUCAGAGAGGAUGAACUGGGCGACGUUCUACGCAGUGAUAAGUGGUGGGAGUCGUAACUCCACGGCUCUGGGGCGGGUGUGGCUCUCAGUGCUGUUCAUGUUCCGCGUGUUGGUGUUGGUGGUGGCGGCAGAGAGCGUGUGGAGCGACGAACGUGAGCAGUUCACAUGUAACACGCAGCAGCCAGGUUGCAACAGCGUGUGCUACGACCACUUCUUUCCCAUUUCACAUACCCGCCUGUGGACACUGCAGCUCAUCCUGGUGGCCAGCGCUGCUCUGCUGGUACACAUGCACAUCGUGCACCGAAAACACUUGCAGAAGAAGCUGCGGCGCUGCCAUAUGGGUCCAGGCGAGCUGGAGCGGAUUGGUGCACGGGCCACGGAGAUCACCGGCGCCAUCUGGUGGACCUACAUCCUCAGCCUGUUGGUGCGUGUUGCCUUCGAGUCGGCCUUCCUCUACCUGUUCUACGCAAUCUACCCUGGCUACAGGAUGUUCCGCCUGGUCAAAUGUGAUGCCUACCCCUGUCCCAACACCGUUGACUGUUUUGUCUCACGUCCCACAGAGAAAACCAUCUUCACCAUCUUCAUGUUGUCCAUCUCAGGAGUGUGUGUCCUCCUCAACAUCGCGGAGAUUGUUUUCCUCAUCGCCCGUGCUGUCAGCAAACACCUCAACUCCAGCGACCAGGUGCACAUGGGAGCCUGGAUCAGCCACAAACUCUUCUCCUACUAGACACAUGCUUUAUUUUGAAGAAACACAUCCACACUCGCAAACACACACUAACACACCCAAGCCCACUAUGACACACACUUACAUUCUAUUUUUUCUUGAUUUGGGUGAAUAAACUCUGUGCUCCACGUAUUUGAGGUUUCACAUAAAAAGCAUUGAGUAAUUAAUAGUAAUGAUGCUCCAAAUUUGCAAUUGAGUGAAAAAAUGUAAUCUAAGCUCCAACUGAUUAGGGUCCGUAUAUAGGCAGCCAGCUAAUGCUAAAGGUCUUUUCCCACAAUGCAUUGCAGUAAAUUAAUCUUACAAAACAGCUUUGGAUCUUGAAUGAGACAUCUGAUGUAAUUUAAUUUACAUAUGCUAAUUAAUAAAAAAUUCCUGACUUA